GUGGAUAGAACUCAAGAAGUACCGUGUGUGUGUUUGUGUUUGUGUGUGUGUGUGUGUGUGUGUGUGUGUGUGUGUGUGGUUGUGUGUGUGUGUGUGUGUGUGUGGGGGGGGGGGGGGGGGGGGGGGUGGGUGUGGGGGGGGUGUGUGUGGGGGGGGUGUGUGUGUGUGUGUGUGUGUGUGUGUGUGUGUGUGUGUCUGGUAAGUUUAACGGAUGAAUCGUAGCAGAAGUUGAACGGUCACGCUCCUGAUUUCCCAUCGAUUGGAAUAUCCUUCUCGGCCGUUCUGCAACACGCGUGAUUAAGCUGGCUUGCUUUUACGCAUGGUUAUAGGCAAUCAAGCAAGGGUAGGUAGGCUUUUUUGAAAGGGACAAUGGGGGUUGCAGAGAGCGCCAGGGGGCUCCAGCAGCUCCAGACCCCGCGCGCCUUGAACGGCCAGAGCCAGCUGCGGCCACGUGCAUGACCGUGCGUCAACAGGAUGCCCUCUUGGUCUGAGCGCGUGGAGUGCUUCUACUUCAACUGCAGCAGAGAGGAGAACGAGGAGUGGAACGGGGACCCCUUGCCCCCUCUAAAUUAUUACUCCAUCCCCCUGCUCACGGCCAUCACAGUGGCGUGCACACUUCUGUUUCUGGUCGGGGUGGUCGGCAACGUCAUGACCAUUCUGGUGGUAAGUAAGUACCGGGACAUGCACACCACCACCAAUCUGUACCUGUGCAGCAUGGCCGUGUCCGACCUGCUCAUCUUUCUGUGCAUGCCGCCGGACCUCUACCGCAUGUGGCGCUACAGACCCUGGCGCUUCGACGCGCUCUGCAAGCUCUUUCAGUUCGUUUCCGAGUCUUGCACGUACUCCACCAUCCUGAGCAUCACCGCGCUGUCCGUCGAGCGCUACCUGGCCAUCUGCUUCCCGCUGCGGGCCAAGGCGCUGGUCACCAAGAGGCGAGUGCGCGCGCUCAUCCUGCUGCUCUGGAUCGUCUCCCUGACGAGCGCGGGGCCCGUGUUCGUGAUGGUCGGAGUGGAGCGGGACUACGUAUGGGGCGGGAGCAACGAGUCGAGCUUGGAGCGGGAGGAGAGCGCCGGGGACACACGGGAGUGUAAGAUGACGCACUACGCGGUGGAGUCGGGCCUGAUGGGCGCAAUGGUAUGGCUGAGCUCCGUCUUCUUCUUCAUGCCGGUGUUCUGCCUCACGGUGCUCUACGGCCUCAGCCGCAGGCUGUGGCAGAGACAUCGUGAGAACAUUAUGGGCUCCCGCGUGGCGCAUCGGGACAAGAGCAACAGGCAGACCAUCAAAAUGCUGGUGGUCGUCGUGUUUGCCUUCGUCCUGUGCUGGCUGCCCUUCCACGUGGGCCGCUAUCUCCAGUUCCGCUCCCUUGACGCUCCGUCCCCGAUGCUGUCCGCUCUCUCGGAGUACUGCAGUCUCGUGUCCGUGGUGCUCUUCUACCUGAGCGCUGCAGUCAACCCCAUUCUGUACAACACCAUGUCGUGGAAAUACCGAUGUGCGGCAGUGCGCCUCUUCGGCCUGACCGAAGGCCCCGACCGCGCGGGACGCACCGCCAGCACCCUAAAAGGAGAGGGCUGCUCGCCAGGCUGGAGGGAGUCCACGGUUAGUCUCUAAAUGACCUUGAAGUUUCGGACAUGGACAUACAUUUUUAUCUCAGUGUUGAGACAAGAUAAUAAUUGACUUUGGGGAUGGUUGGAUGUCGAACUUUUCUGUUUCGGGAACAACGGUGGAUGCAUGGCUUCAGUUAUGACUCCCUAGUCCCUGAAUUACGACGCGCUCAAAGGAACACUGAACAUCGAUCCUUGGUUAUCAAUCCAAGUUAUUGCUCAAAGCAAGUGCCAUCUGCUACUCGUGCAUCAUAGUCUGUAUUCAUUAAACAACAAUAAACAUUCUAGCCUUCAGUGCGCACUGCGUAUGCAGAUCCAGUUAGGGCCUGGUGAUCCCAAAUCAGAACAACACGCCAAGCAGUAAACGCAGUUGAAGAAGCACCGCACACAUAUGUCGAACAUAACGAUCACUGUAAUUGCCUUAUGAUGUGAUAAAAUCAUAUUCUGGAUGACAAAGAAACACUGUAGAACUUUGAACCACAUAUCUGCUCUUCAUUCCAGAGGACAGGUUGGUGUGUGUGUGUGUGUGUGCGUGUAUGUGUGUGUGUGUGUGUGUGUGUGUGUGUGUGUGUGUGUGUGUGUGCGUGUGUUUGCGUGUGCGCUUGUGCGUGUUUGUGUGCGUGCGUGUGUGUGCCUUUGUGUGUAUGCCUGUGUGUGUGUGUGUGUGUGUGUGUGUGUGUGUGUGUGUGUGUGUGUGUGUGUGUGCGUGUGUUUGUUUGUGUGAGAGAGAAAAUGAGAAAGACAGACUCAGGUGUUUUGUCUUUUGCCACUAUUCUCUUGGUAUGAGGUAACAGUAUAUAUUAAGUGUAAACAGACUAGUGUGUAAUUUGGAUGUUUUGAAGUUCUGCUUGUGAGCAGAGAUGAAUGGUUAAUCUAGUGAAGGCCCUGCGGCUUGGCCAUGCAUGCCUAUAUCGUGUAGUAUGCUAAUGGACACAUUCAUAUAAGAAACAAAUCUACUUGAACAAAGAAGAAAACAUUUGAAUGCUGAGGAUUCUACAAAAAAAAAAGUAGCCUAAUGAUCGAAUAGGACCAAUUUGGUCUCGGUGGUGGAUAACGCUGUGAAAA